AUUUAGCGACAUUCUAUAAAACGCAUUAUCUCCCCUAGUGUACUAUACUCCCUUAUUUAAGGGCACAUUGUCUCUCUCUCUCAUAUACUUGGCCGGCCACUAUACCUCCUGAAUAUUCCCAAAUCCCCAAAUUAAUUUCUUUUCUAAUCAGUAAUUCACAUCUCUCAAUAACCGAUCUCUCCAAAAAUAGAAAACCGAAUAAAUUGACACAAAAAUGGCCACUCUGCAGAAAUUCAAGUUCUUAGCAACCCAAUGUGCCGUCGCUGGAAGUCCGACCAAGAGCCCGACGACGAGCCCGGUAAUCCACCUCCGCCGCCGCAAAACCCUCCGAAUGCUUCUCGGCCGCGGAGGGAGGAGGCUGCCCCAGCGCUGCGAUGACGCCUCGCCCGAUCGCAGCGAUGAAGAGCGCUCGCCGGAGAAGAGCGUGAGCCACAAGCUCAAGGAUUUGUUCGUCUCGUCGCCGCCCUCAUUCAGCGAGAGGGCUUCCGAGAAUGCUGGGGAGAGGCUGCUGCCGGCGGGCGGAGGUGGAGGUAGGAGAGGCGGGGCCCGCUCUCUGCGGCCUCUGUCGGCGACGUUUCGGCAACGGUUGUUGAGGAGGGCUUGGCGGCCGGCACUUGUCGCCAUACCUGAGUGACAAUUUAUUCUAUUAUUACUAAAAUUGAGUUUUUUUUUAUUCUUAUAAUGCUUUCAGGAAUCAUAGUUAAAUAUUUUGAUCGUUUAAUUUCUUAGAGAAUUCAGACAUUUCAAAUCAUAAUUCUUGUCGAUGUAAUUUUUUUAGAAUUACUCGUCGAUGUAAUUUAGGCGUAUCCAGUUUUAGGGAUGUAAUGCUCUUGUUAUAAUAUUUCGUAUUAAUUUGAGUUUA